CACGACACGACCAGCACGGCAGCACGGGCGCGGCGCCGGAGCAUAAAAAUCGCGUCAUGCAGAGACACGUCAGUCAGUCAUCCUGCAGAGCUAGUAAAGAGAGAGUCACAAGUCCAUUCUCCCUCAACCGUCAACAUGCCUGACCCCUGCUGCAACGACAAGUGUGAUUGCAAGGAGGGAGAAUGCAAGACAGGGUGUAAGUGCACGUCCUGUCGCUGCCCUCCGUGCGAGCAGUGCUCGUCCGGGUGCAAAUGUGCCAACAAGGAGGACUGCCGCAAGACAUGCUCCAAGCCUUGUUCCUGCUGCCCCUAGACAUACCAGUGGAUCAUCGGCCAUCAUUCCCCACCGUCACACCAAUCACUGGUCUGCCCGCCUCGCAUGCUACCAGCCUACAAGAUAACCACUUCAGCUGGUAAUCAGAAAACACUACAUCCACCAUGUUCUCAAGAUCCCGUGAGAAAAAGAGCGGGCGGAAAGCGGGUAGACGGUGGAGAGACAGGAUUCAUCAUUCAUUAUUACAAACCAUUUGUAUUGUAUAAUUGGUUGUCCCAUCAUAAUAUUUGUUUUCCAUAAAAUUGUGUCUUCGAUUUUCUUUGUUUUAAAAGCAUUAAAAAUAACUGUGAUCA